AUGCAUGGUUUUGGACAGUUGAAUUCCUCUGGAGAUGAGCUACUGUCGUUUGCAGCAAUAAAUAAUUUGUGGAUCUGCAACACCUGGUUCCCCAAGCGGGAUAUCUUCAAGCGGACGUGGCAGCACCCCGGCUCUCUGCAGUGGCACUGCAUCGACUAUAUCUUGAUGCGUCAGGAUCAUCGGCGAUUUUGCAGGGACGUGCGCGUUGUUCGUGGUGCUGAGUGUGGCAGUGACCACCAGCUGCUUUGUAUAGUCUUUGAGUUCCCGCAUCGCCCGGUGGGGGUUGCCCGACGUGGAGCGAGCCGGGGGCGCCGAUUUAAUGUCGGCAAGCUGCGGAGUAAGGCGGUGGCCGAGCAUGAUCAAUCGGAUUCCUGCGCAUCCACGUUACAAGACGUCAACGAUGUGGGACGUCGCCCCCCGCGCUGCGUGACCACCGCGGACAAGUAUCGUGCCGCUUUAUCUACUGGAUUGCGAGAUUGCUGGAGCAGCGAUGGUAGCGUUGGGGAGAAGUGGACCCAUGUGCGCAAUACCGUGGUUGCCACAGCCGCUGAUGUAUUGGGCCCGAGCGAACGCCGUCAGGCCGACUGGUAUGAUGACAACUCUGCAACCAUACAGCCCCUUCUGCGCGCCCGCAAUGAGUGCUACGCGGAGUGGCUUGCCCACGGUCAGCAGAGGGGCGACACGUAUUGGGCCAGCUUCGGGGCUGCUCGAUCGCAGGCGCGCGCAGCCGUUGUAAAUGCCAAAGAGGCUUGGAUUUUGAAUAAGGCACAGGAGGCAACAGAGGCGCGCUUCAACGGGGCAGUCGUCUGGAAAUGCGUUCAUGCUAUCCACGCUGCAUGUGAGGGAUUAACUCCGUGCAAGACUUCCGCCAUUAAGGACGAGAAUGGAAACCUGUGCCAGUCGACUGAGGAUCAAUGCAAGCGGUUCCAGAGGCAUUUCACAUCUGUCCUGAACCCAGAGAGCUCGUACAACCCCGAUAUCAUGGCUUGCGUUGAGCAGCGACCUGUAGUGUCGAGCCUUGAGGAACCACCAACCAUGCAUGAGAUCUCCAAGGCCAUUUCUCGACUUCGCAAUGGCACCGCUGCUGGUUCAUCGAGGAUACAGCCAGAGUUGCUAAAGUUCGGUGGCGAGGAGCUCAACAACAAGCUCAUGGAGCUGUUUGGAGAUGUGUGGCGAGAUGGCUGCGUUCCGCGGGAGUGGGCGGAUGCUACCCUCAUCCCCAUUCCAAAGAAGGGAGAUUUGUCGCAGUGCGACAAUUGGCGGGGCAUUGCGUUGCUGGAUGUGGUCGGCAAGGUCUUGGCGAGUGUCCUUCAGAGAAGGCUGCAGGUAUUCGCGGAGGAAUUUCUCCCUGAGUCCCAGUGCGGGUUCCGGCGAGGGCGUGGCUGCUCUGACAUGAUCUUCACCGUCCGACAGCUCAUGGAAAAGUCAAUCGAACAUCAGGCCAAGGGAUUUUUUGUGUUUAUCGACCUGAAGAAGGCCUAUGAUUCAGUGCCCAGGGGGUGUCUGUGGCAGGUCCUCGGCCGUGCGGGAGUACCAGAAAAGCUUAUCAACAUCAUCCGGUCGUUCCACGACCCCAUGUCAGCAUCGGUGCAGUUCAACAACAUAUUAUCAGACCCGUUCAGCAUUGGCAAUGGUCUUCGCCAGGGGUGCUCUAUGGCGCCGGUCCUUUUUAAUAUCUUUAUGUGGGCCGUGAUGACCCAGUGGCAACACCGCGUCAGGAGAGUUGACGGGGUUGGCUUCGAGCUCCGCUCAGCAUACAGCAGCGAUUUAUACCGUAAACCCCGCCGUGACGACCAACACCAUUGCCUAACAGAUUCCCAGUUUGCUGACGACUCUUGUUUAUUCGCUACGACUCGGUCUGGAGCGGGGGCAGCAUUGUGCUGUCUUCACGAGGUGGCGUCGGGAUUCGGCUUGACCAUCAGUGCAACGAAGACUCAGUUUGUAGUUGUUGGCCCCGGCAUCACGCUUACUGACCGCGCUCCCCUCCAACUUGGUCAAGCGGAGGUGGAAUGCGUACCGCAUUUCAAAUACCUCGGUUCUGUAGUGGACAGCGGUUGCCGUUCGUCCCGGGACAUCGCCGCAAGGAUUGCCCAAGCCUCCAGGGCCUGCGGUGCUCUUCGGAGGUCUGUAUUCUCCAAUCCACAUCUGCUGAUGCACACCAAGCGAGUCUUUCGCGAGGCCUUGCAAGCCCGCGAGUGGAGCAAACUACCGCACGAAGACGACAACUUGGAACGACUCUGA